AUGAUCUUCAUACUUUUCUUAUGCUUAAUACUUUGUAUUACCAUUCUCUUCUUCAAAAAACAGACGAAAGGGAAAACAAUCAACACAUUGCCAUCACCAACGGGACUGCCGCUGAUCGGAAACCUUCACCAACUCGGCCACCAUCCUCACCGAUCACUAUGCAGCCUCAGCCACCGUUACGGUCCUCUCAUGCUCCUCCACUUUGCCAGUGUCCCUGUUCUUGUAGUCUCUUCCGCGGACGCUGCCCGAGACGUUUUGAAGACGCAUGACCGCGUUUUCGCAAACCGUCCACGGUCCAAAAUAUUCGAAAAGCUUCUUUACGGUAGCCGUAAUAUGGCAUCAGCUCCUUAUGGAGAGUACUGGAGACAAAUGAAGAGCGUGAGUGUCAUCCAUCUCCUAAGCAACAAAAUGGUACGUUCCUUUCGAGAGGUGAGACAAGAAGAGAUCGGUCUGAUGAUGGAAAAGAUCCGUAAAUUGGGUUCUUCGCCAAUGAAUCUAAGCUCGCUCACGGCGUGUUUAACUAACGAUGUUAUAUGUAGAAUUGCUUUGGGACGGAAAUACGGUGCUGGAACGGAUUUUAAAGAGUUAAUAGACAGGCUCAUGAGGCAAUUGGGUACGUUUAGUAUCGGGAGUUAUGUACCGUGGCUUGGGUGGAUUGAUUGGGUCAGCGGUUUGGAGGCUCGACUCGAGAAGACGGCAAAUGAUUUUGAUAAGCUCUUGGAGAGAGUUGUGCAGGAACAUGAAGCUAGAAAGUUCGAUAAGACCGAUUUUGUCGAUGUAUUACUCGGCAUUCAGAAAGAGAAGAGCAUCGGGUUUGAGGUUGAUAGGUUAAGCAUAAAAGCAAUCGUCUUGGAUGUUUUUGUGGGUGGUACAGAUACAUCCUCCACGCUUUUGGAAUGGGAAAUGACAGAGCUUCUAAGUCACCCAGAUUGUCUAAAAAGGCUUCAAGACGAAGUCCGUACACUCUGUAAGGGCAGAUCAAGUGUAACAGAGGACGACAUUCAACACAUGAACUACUUGAGAGCUGUGAUCAAAGAGACACUCAGGCUACAUCCUCCAGUUCCAUUGAUGGUUCCUCACGAAUCAACAGNAGNUGUCAAACUAAGAGAUCACCACAUACCCGCUGGUANGCANGUUAUGGUCAAUCUUUGGGCGAUCGGGAGAGAGACUGCGACAUGGGGACCAGACGCGAAUGAGUUUAGACCGGAGAGACAUUUAGAGUCGUCGGCUGAUUUCCGGGGCCAGGAUUUUGAGCUGAUUCCAUUUGGAGCAGGGAGAAGGAUGUGCCCAGGAACAUCAUUUGCUGUGGUGUUGAAUGAGGUGGUUUUGGCUAACUUAAUGCAUGGGUUUGAUUGGAAAUCCACAGAAGAUGAGACCGAAGUUGCUGAAUCAAUCGGUAGUGUGAUUCGCCGCAUGUUCCCUCUCUACGUCAUUGCAUCAUCUACUAGUUAA